UGGCGCAUUGCUCCUUUAAAUCAGCGACCACCUGCUCCUCUGGCGUCAGCAUCAUCCGCAGGCGGCGGCACGAUGGCGAUCGAUUCGGCAGGAAAAUGUUCAAAGUGGGAUAUUUCGGGAGAAGCUCGACGUGCACAGGCUGAGGAACACGAUCUAUGAGCUGACUGGCUCGACGGCAGACGAACAUGAAAUAUGAUAUCAAACACAACAUCAAGUCCUUGAGCUGAGCUUAGCAGCUGAGUGAAACCACCUGUUUUUGUUGAGAUGAGGAGCAAGGAGCCCUCUGCAGGACAACACACAUUAUUGUCUUGAACACGUCUUGAAUAGGUUUUUUUAUACUCAUCUUCUCAGUUCUGUUCUGUACAUUGUACAGACAUUGUACAUUUUAAACUAUGCUACAAGUCUGCACACUUUUCACCUCGCCACUGGUUUUGUAAAUAUUUGUAAAUUCACUUAUUUAGUUGUGUAUAUAGGAUAUGCUUAUUUUUACUCCUUUAUUUUUAUUUUGAAUUGCUAAUAACUUUUUAAUAAUUGCUAUAUAUGCUCUUGUUUACUUUAUACUGUUUUGCACUGUCUUGCUGCUGUAACACUUAAAUGUCCCCGUUGUGGGACGAAUAAAGGAUUAUCUUAUCUGUCUCUUAUCUGUAGCACUUAAUCUGUGUUUUAAAGGCUAUUAGAGUAAAACUGAACUCAUAAAGCAGUUACUCUCUGCUAGUCUUUUUUUUCCUAAAGAUUAUCACAAUGAUUCCUACAUUUCUACUAUGGGCUUCCCUUUUAAUUUCAUUACAUGAUUUAUUUUCUAUGAUUGACCUACAUAAAUGUAAAUGUUGGGCUCUUUUAUUGCAAAAAACAAUAAUAGUGUGACAAAUUUACAUUAAUAAUAAUGCAUGUCUGACAGAAGGUCAUGUUUCCUCCAUUUCUUUUCACGGCAGGCCAUUUAAUUAACAAGCCUCGAAUUUAAUUUCUAAUUUGCAAACCUUAUGAAAUUAUUCGUCAUAGGAGAGUAUGGGCUGCUUGUUGCCAUAGAAGUGGUGACCUUGUUGCCUUGGCAACAACCAGUAACACUAUGCAGCAGCCUGUAAGGUGUUUUUCGUGUGAGAUUGUAGCUACAGUCACUUGACGGAACGUUUCCUUUCACCUGUUUGUGUGAAAUAUCAGGAGGAGCUGAGAUUGAGUGUUGUUGUAUCUGUGCUCUGACUUUCAUCCUCAGCAUCCAUAAGAUCCUGACCACCCAAGGAGGAGUAACAUCCAAGACCUGAGCACCAGACUGACCUCAACACGUCCCUUACUCCGCCCAACCACGUGGUAACCAUAGCAACAGACGUGUACUUUGCAUGUGUCCUGACCUAGAGAUGCCUCUGUGUGUUAUCCAUGUUGCAUCAGAGUCUGCAGCCAAGAACGAGCUUCUGCUAAGUCCACGGGGGGGAGCAGGCAACAUGGAUAUUGCUAUGGAAGAGCAGCAACCAGAAAACAGCUCAAUGAGUCACUGAGACAAUAAUCAAACAUGCAUCAUCUUUGGAACUGACACCUGAUGACAAAGCUAUUAUGGCUUUUUGUAAUGAAAGCCUGCUGGAGGAGUGUGUCUUCAUGGAGCCGGACAGAGUGGAGGAGGCAGCAGAAAGUCUCCCGUCAGAAGCUUCUACGCCCGUCAUAUCAGUCUCUUUGCGUGUGACCCUGGCGGCCAUAAUGAUCUUCAUGAUUACCAUCGGUUUCCUCGGCAAUGCAAUCGUGUGUCUGAUUGUUUACCAGAAGCCCGCGAUGCGCUCUGCCAUCAACCUCCUCCUCGCCACGUUGGCGUUCUCGGACAUCAUGCUCUCUCUGCUCUGCAUGCCGUUUACUGCGGUCACAGUGGCCAUCGCUGACUGGAGGUUUGGCAGUGGAUUCUGCCGCGCGUCCAUCAUGCUGUACUGGUUGUUCGUGCUGGAGGGAGUGUCCAUACUGCUUAUAAUCAGCGUGGACCGUUUCCUCAUUAUCGUGCAGCGACAGGACAAGCUGACCCCUCACAGAGCCAAACUGUUGAUUGCAGGUUCAUGGGUGCUGAGUUUGUGCGUGUCUAUACCAUCUGUGGUUGGGUGGAGGACAGGUGCAGCAGGGAUUGGGGGUUCCUGGGCACCCCAGUGUGUGCUUGGAUACAGUGACUCUCUUGCAGAUCGAGGAUACACAGUGCUGCUGGCAGUUGCAGUGUUUUUCGUACCAUUUGCUGUCAUGUUGUACUCCUACAUGUGCAUCCUGAACACAGUGCGCCGCAACACUCUGCGCAUCCACAACCACACCACUGAGCACUCCUGCCUGCCUGCUCUCAACCAGGUCAGCAAAAUGAGACUAACCGGGCUGCAGAAGCCACCUCAGAUCAAGGUGGAUAUGAGCUUCAAGACCCGGGCCUUCACCACCAUCCUCAUCCUCUUCGUGGGUUUCUCCGUGUGUUGGCUGCCGCACACGGUAGUCAGCUUGCUCGCCGUAUUCAGUAGGCGGUUCUACUACAGCUCUGUGUUCUACCCAAUCAGUAUCGGCGCUCUGUGGCUCAGCUACCUGAAGACAGUCUUCAAUCCAGUGAUCUACUGCUGGAGGAUCAGGAAGUUCAGGGAGGCCUGUCAGGAGUUCAUCCCCAAGAGCUGCAGACUGUGUCCCAGAGUGCCAGGCCGGAGCCGCCGGAGAGUGAGGCCGAGUAAUAUCUAUGUGUGCAGCGAGACGCAGUCAGCGGUGUGAAAUGAUGACGAUGCAAAAAACAGCAGCAUUUGUAGGUGCUAACAUCUGUUUGAACUCUAACUUUUCUGCAUAGUGAGCAAUCAGGGGUUACUCAAGUUUUCAAGUUUAUCUCAAAUAUUUAAAACAAAAAAAAAGGUUCCCGUGAGGAAGUAAAGGAGCUGGUUUUGGCGCUUCUUUUGGACAAAAUGGUAAUGUCAUCUCUUUGCCUGUCCUCUUGUCCCGUACAUGCCCAAGUUGUUUUCUGACAAAAAAAUCCCUCCCUAUCUUUUAACAGUUACAUUUUCAUUCACUCUAAAACUUUCCUUGGAAAAUAUGAACGAAGGCUGUUUUAGGGGCAAAGAGUUAACCAAUGUGUCGUAAAUGUGUGCAUUUACCGGCAGCUGAAUUUCAAAUAACUAUAUGGAAAGGGUAAGUAUAGUAUAGUAAAUCUCCAAAAAGGAGCUUUAACAACAUUAUCUUACCACUUUAAUGAAUUUUCAGUUUGAGGAUACUCAUUGGAGUGCCUAUCCUUCAGGGUCUGUUGACACCAAGCCCAUACUGAAGUGCUAAAAACAGCAGUACAUCAAGUAUCUGCUUGAGGCUGGCUUCAGAAACAUCGGAAACCACUUACGCACUCGUUCCAGAAAGACGAUCUUUACAGCAAAAAUAAACACGUUUACAGCCUGGUUCAAAAACAGCUUAGGUCUGAAUAGCUCAUUUCUCUAUCAGCACACACUGUUGGGGGGGGGGUGAAUUUUUUUUACAGUUGUGCUCAUAAGUUUACAUACCCUGGCAGAAUUUAUGUUUUUUGGGGUAGUUUCUGUUGUCACUAAAAUAUAAAAAGAGUAAACACAGUUGUUCAAUAAUAAAUGGCUUCACCCAACCACUAAACCAUGAGUGAAAAAGCAGUUUUUCUCUUAUCAUUCAUAUUCUCUGAAAAAAUGGCCCAAAAAAAAAUCACAAAUUCUGCCAGGGAAUGUAAAUGUAUGAGCACAACUGUAUAACUCAUGAUUUUAAAGAUGUUAAAUUUACGAGUUUUGCCUAAAUAAGGACAUGGCUGACUUGAUUGACAGGCGGGCGCACUGUAAGGCUAGAGGCCUUUUUACCUCACACUUACCUCCCACUAGCUCGGACGAAGUUAGGGUGAGUUCAGCAUUUCAAUACGGCACCCGCCAAUGAUCGGCUUCAAAACAGCGCUUCAGAAACAGAUGAGUGACAUCACGGAUACAAUGUCCAUUUAUUAAAGUCUAUGGUUGACACUCAACAUGCUGUCUCACCAAAUAUCCCGCCCACAACACUAUCUGGUUCAAUACACACAACUAUGUGACAUUUAUGUACUCUAAGUGUAGCUAGCUGACUGUUAACUCCUGUAAAUUAUGCUAAAAGUUUCAGUGUUUAUUGAACAUUUGCACAAGGCAUUUAAACAAAGUCUAGAGAAGGAGUUGGUAAUGUUCCAAAUUCUUCAUUUCAGUUCCUAAUGUCAUGUAUUGGUCUCAGGAACUACACGUAAUUGGUAUUGAUAUCAACCCUAGAAAUAUAACAUCGGUCGACUCUAAUACUCGUGUUUAUUAAACUUCAUGGUCUACAUUUCAUCAGUGUCAUUCUAUUCCUCAGACUUGACUCUCUGUCUUUGAGCAGUAGUGGUGUCAGUAAUGUGAUGAGUUUCAUAAGAAAAAAAAUCAAACAGGGUAUUAAUGUUCAGAGAUGUUCAGGAAAACUUUUUCAAAAGAUUUGAAUGAAACUUGUGUUCAGACACAGCCUUAUGAAAGUAUUAUGUUUCAUCCAUGAGUGUUUCAUCAAAGAUGUGUGUCAGUUAUGGAGCUGUGAAUGUUGACUUGAAUGUAUUAUCGUUUCAUGAAUGACCAAACAAGGUGAAUAAAUACGGUUUAUAAAAGAGGA